CCAGCCUGGGGAGAAGAUUACUUCACCUUGACAGAAGCCGUGGUUUCACGGGACGGGCCAUUAGGCCAACAAGAUGGGUGCGAUCUACAACCUGCUUGAUCAAUUUAGACUGACUGAUUACUAUAAAAGAUUUCUUGACAUCGGUGUGACCGAUGAGAGGGACUUCAUCGACAGUUUGACAGAGGAUGAUCUAAACCAAAUAGGCUUGAGUCAAGUGGAGAGGAAUCGCUUUGAAAACCUGAAGGACGAAGUGAGAAGGCUCAGAGCCAGGCCAGACCCAGAGGGCUAUGGACCAGGGGCCGUCAAGAAGAUGCUGGAGGAAUUCAACCUUCAAUAUACAUACCCGCAGUGUUCUGAGCCAAGAAAUAUCCAAGACAUGGACCCUGCACAGAACACGGUUGAAGAUUUAAUGCUGAGGAUUUGUCAUCUGGAAAAUGUUGGCAAAAGUAAAGGUGUCUGUCUGUACACGGUGGACGGAAUGCCCCUAACCAAUGACCCCUUCCUCAACACAUGGUCCUUAAAAGACAGACAUAUCAAAAACCAAGAUAUACUCUAUGCCAUAUUUACACCCACCCAGAACCUUGACCAAAACAUUGUAAUGAAAACCCCAUCAGUUGAAGAAACUGCAGGAGAGCACAAUGUUCGAUGCCACAUAAUGCUCAAGGGAAACUUUGACAUAUCUGUCAACUUGACCAUUGACACAAUUAAUGAUUUGAGAAGAAAACUGGCGAUUGAAAGUGGAAUACCAGCACAUGCUCUUCAUUACCAAGGGGACCAUGGUGUUUGUGACUUUUUGGAAGAUUGUGGCAUCUCUGAAGACAAAAGUUCAACAGUUAAUUUCUCCUUGUCUGUGUGUCAUGACGAACCCCAAGACAAUAUUGUGAUGUUCAGUAAUGAUGUUGACCCGUCUGUGAAACAAACAACAUUAGGGCAGAGUGUGUUCCUCUCUUCACUGUAUUCUGUGAAAUCAGAAAAGUGUGGAGGAAAUUUCAAGAACGUGGUUGCUUACAUUCGCCAACUAACUGGCUGUAACCCUCUUGCACAAAGUUUGUACCAGCUGAUCUGCAAGAAUGAGAUUGUAACCAAAACUCAGAAGAUCGCAAUCUUUGAGGGACUGUAUGUGCUGUUUAGAGAACUUUUGCCAAGGCCUGGACAACGCACAGAUGAAAAACCAAUAGAUGACAUUGACGUCUUUGAGUAUUCAACACACUGUUGGGCAUAUCUCAUAAAAGCAGCGGAGAAUCAGUCGACGGCGCAUGAAAAUUAUGCAUCGAUAAAACUGACAUCUGAACAAGGACAUCAUUUCUGUGAACCAAUCAAUGUACCUGGAACCCCAUUUGUCUUUGAAAGGGCUUAUGUUCUUCAAAAGAUCAGAGAUGGAGGGACAAUUCCAAAUUGCUCUGAAGUAGACUUGCAGGAAAGCUCACUGAAGAGGGACACUGAUCUGGAGAAGAUACUGCUCAGCCUUCCUCCCUUCAUCAAAAUAUACCACUUAUGGUUGUCUCACGCCGACAUGUCUGGAGAGAACUUUCAGGUGAAUAUGAAGGAGACUUUUGCCAACAUGACAGAGAAACUGACAGAGUUCCCCUUCCUACAAGUGACUCCUCCACUCAAACUCAAGGAAGCAGGGCAGCCUGGGAAAUUGCCUGUACUUCUGAGUGAAGAUAAUCUCUGCAUUUGUCUGUACAAAGAUAAAUUAAAGCCACAAGAUAUAAAAGUAUUAAAUUUUCUCAGUGGCAAGGUCGAAACUGUGAAUUUGGAUGAACUGGCUGCAAGUACUGGUAAUCUUUCAGAUGGCCAAACAUUUAUUACUUGCAGGACACCAAAAGAAGCAAUCCUGGUUCUAAUUGAUACCAGUAACUCCAUGAGGGUGAAUUGCUAUGACGAUCUGAAAAUGAGAAAAAUAGAUGCUGCAAAGGAGCUAUUUGACAGCUUUGCAUCCAGGACCAUGGCCUAUGAUUUCCAACACUUGAUCAGCCUUGUGAGUUUCAGCUCAGACGUGAAACUCAUCCAUACAUUCACAGAAACUCUGGAAGUAUUCAAGGAACACCUGCGUGACCUUAAAUUACGAAGGAAAACUGUUCUGUACGAUGCCCUGCAACAUGGAGUGAAUGAAAUGGAAGCAGUGAAGAAGAGGUUCCCUGAAUGUAGACUCCGUAUCAUUUGUCUCACAGAUGGACAAGAUUUUGGAUCAACAGUAAAACCUGAAACCGUGGCAGUAAAUCUGAUCAAAUCCAACAUCAUUGUGGAUUGUAUCCUGCUUGGAAAUGUGGAUAACAAAACACUUCACGGAAUCAGCAACGCCACAGGGGGUUGCUGUUUCAAGCCACAAACAAGCACAGAUGGCCUCAAACUUUUUGAAAGUGAGACUGUUCUUUCAUUGGAAAUGAGAAAACCCAAGAAGAAACUUGAUCCGUCGUCCAUCACGAGUGGGACUGUUUUAAGAAGCAUCUUCGCAAAGCACGGCUAUGAUGUCCUCCCCGAGACCUCUCUACCAAGCGAGUUCAACAGCACAGUGACUGCUGUUGAGAAUGCUUUGAAAAAGAAGAUCCAGGAAUCUAAGAAAAGGCCCCUAAUGGAGAAGGACAAACGUAUACUAGAGGAGUUGAGAAGCCUUCAUUGUGACCCUCAUCCCUACUUUAGCAUCUUCCCAUCCGAGUCAGACUUUACGUUUUGGAAGAUUCUGAUGCAGGGUCCCCCUGACACGCCUUAUGAGAAUGGCACCUUUGAGCUGUACUGUCAGUUUGGUCCGGAUUAUCCUGUGAAACCUCCAACACUCCGCUUUGUGACAGUCAUGUACCACUGCAAUAUCAACAAUUCUGGACGGAUAUGUCACAACAUAUUUGACCGCGGCUACAACGCCCACAUCCCCAUGAAGGAGAUCCUCGAUGCCGUUUAUGGACUGCUCAUCGCCCCUGAGGCUGAAGAUCCACUAGACAGCAUUUUGGCUGAGCAAUUCCAGUCAAGCAAGGAGGAGUAUGACCAAAACGCCAAGGACCAUACAACGAAAACCGCAGCCAAGUCCUUCAAUGACAAGGAGCAGGAAUUGGUUGGUCUGGUUCCUGUUCCGAGGUGCAUACCCCUCCAUCUGAAAUGUCAACUCACCGGGAGGAUUUUUGUGGAUCCCGUUAAAACAAAGUAUGCAACAGUCUACGAGCGAAAGGCCCUCGAGAAACAUCUUAAAAAGAAAAAGUUUGAUCCACAAAUGGGGGAAGACCAUCCGCUCAAGGCAAGUGAUCUCAAACCAGAUCGAGAUAUGAAGAAAAUGGUUAAGAAAUUCAGACUUCAUCAACUUGAAUAACCAUGAUCUCUUUGGCUUCUUUGGCCGGUAAACAUUGAUUCCUCCAUGUGUUCUGGCAUCAUGGAUUAUUUUUUAAGAUUGUUUUUUACAUUUUAAAGAUCAAACAAUAACCACUGUACAUUCUUUGCAAGAGGGAAUUGUCAAAAACUUUGCAGAUAUUCAUUUGAAUUAUAACUAUACUCAUUCAUGUUUUUUAAUAUAGAUCGGUUUAAUUAGACCUUCUUUCAGAUAAGGAGCUACGGAUAGGCUAUAUUUCCUAAACUCAGACCGUACUUUGUGAUACACCUGUCUCAUGCUAUAGUUCCAAUCAUUUGUAGCACUGUUGAUUGUCACAAUUUCAUUUUUCUAUUUUACACUACUAUAUCAUUCCAUGUGAAUUAUUUUGGUGCGUAAACCAUAUUUUGAAUGUGUUCUUGAAAUAUGCAGGAACCGCAAUCUAAUACUUGUUGGUCAUCAGCUCAUGUACUAAAGUAAAAGAUAUUGCCCCAUAUGGAACCUGGUUGUAAUAGAAGCUAAUCUUGGGUUUAUUUUGGGAUUCUGUAUGUAAUACAAUGUUAUUUUAUUCUAGCAUUACUGAAGCUCAAAGAAUUUCAUUUCGGCAUUUAUAAUCAAUAACAGCCAUGGGGAUUAAAAAGUAUUUGUUUCUUCAAAUAUAAUAUUGCAUAUUUUGCAGGAGUGAUUGGUAAAUAUUAUUGGUUUAAUCCAGAGUUCACAUCAUUAGAUGUGUUUUAUUGAAUGUUAGGGGGUUAGACUCCCAAUGAGAUGGCAUGAUUAAAUCUAAAAUUGUACAAUUUAUAAAAGUUAUUUUAUAUCAUAAAACAAUGCCAAAUGGUUGCAAUCGUAUUUGAAACAUGAAAUUGGAUGAAGCAAUUUAUGAGAAAAACUAAAAACAGAGUGCAUCAUGUAACUAAAUAAACCCUAAUAAAGCCACCAUUUUUAAACCAAGAUAAUAUGCUGCAGUUUCUACGUAAAAUGACUAAGGCUGAGGCUUCAGAGGGCUGGUGCAGGUCUUGUGCCCAGCCCCCCACACUUGAUGGCAAACAACUGGGACUCAAAGUUCCUCCCCUUGUUGUAAAUGCUCUCCGUCAUUCCCAAGCAGCUGCACAUGCCCUCUAUAGCACACCUUAGUUCAAGCAAUAUCACAAAGAGGGAGUACUGUUGUACUGAAUAUCAGCACGGCUGUGAUUCGGUCAUAGGUAAGAGGCCGUAAGCCGACUGGCGAAGAUAAUCACAGCCGUGCUGUGAUUAUCAGCUUUGUAGAAAAAUGUCGCACACGAUUAAAGAAAAGUAAGACAUUUACCCACCUUAAUAUAAUUUGACAGAAUAAAAGCAAACAGCUUGACACUGGCAGGCCAGAGCACUGUGGACCAAAGUAGUCUAACAGCCCAACCAAAUCGCCUCACCGCAAGGCGUCUGACCAAAUGGUGCCCUCCAGUGGUUACCUUUGGUAAUGUAGGAGGUAGUUGCUAACCUCAUCCAUAAGAAUAGACUGUAUAGAAUAACAUUUCACACUUUAUAAUAUGUGUAAAUUAAUUCACAACUAAUUUAACGAUGUCAAAAAUUGACAUGGUCUGUUAGCGUGUCAAAAUGAAGUUAAAAUCUGAAUUUUGAACGCUUUAUUUCUUACUUCAUCUCAUAUUAAAGCCCCACUUUUUAACUUGCUUAAUGUCCUCAGAAUCAAAGCAAUCAGUCUUUGAAUGAGCUCUGCAAUUCAUUUUGGUCGUUUAUGACCAACGGCUGGAAAAUCCAAUGAGAGGACAUGACAUCACAAGUAAUAUUUAAUUAAGUGGAAAACCAAUCGAUUCUCUUCGUUAGGGCGUCCAUAAGCGAAUCAAAGCAAACAGUCUACGAAUCAACUCUGCAAUUCAAUUUGGUCUUUUAGCUACGACCAACGGCGAAAAUCACCGUCAAGCUGAAUGUGCUAUCGGUGCCUCUGUCGGCACUGGGUAGCCUCAGUAACUGUUUUGACCAAGGAAUCAGCUCAAAUUCUGGAUGUUUCUCAUGUGUGUUUCAAGAUUCUAUAUAUCUACCGUAAACAUCAGUGCAUACAUAAUUUCAUUGCCACGUGGCUUGAACAAAUCCAUAUGCCAGCCUUAGGCUGGGGCCAUACUACACAUUUUGGUUAAUCUGAAAUGACUAUGAAACCAACAGUGCAUCUUUGAUAACUGCCACAUGAAUGCCAUAGCUUAACAAACCAACAUGGAUGCCAGACAGCUCACCACUUUGGUGAUUUGUGCAGCACGGAAAUUUAAUAUAAAGACUUCCGCAAGUGAUGGCAGCACCAGAUGG